UCAUAUACGGUAUUUAGUCAGACCCGUCCCGCUAGGUGGAGACUGCAAAAUGAAAAUGGCAAAAGUAAAUAGCGAUGAUGCAGUAAUUCGAAGGAAUCGUCCUGGAACAAAGUCAGAGAACUGGUGUAACUGGCCAGAUGAGAGUUUUGAGGAGAUGGACAGUACGCUGGCAGUACAGCAGUACCUACAGCAGCUUAUUGCAAGGGACGCCUCAUGUGUGGAUGAGAUACUUACACCACCGGAGGGGCAAGAUGAGGGAGUCUGGAAAUACGAACAUCUUCGCCAGUUCUGUAUGGAGCUGAACGGUCUGGCAGUGAAGCUACAGAAGGAGUGUGAUCCAGACACCUGCACGCAGAUGACAGCAACUGAGCAAUGGAUCUUCCUGUGUGCUGCACACAAGACGCCCAAGGAGUGUCCGGCUAUAGAUUACACCCGACACACACUAGAUGGAGCUGCAUGUCUCCUCAACAGUAACAAGUACUUUCCAAGCAGGGUUAGUAUCAAGGAGUCCUCAGUUGCCAAGCUGGGCUCAGUGUGUCGCAGAGUGUAUCGUAUCUUCUCUCACGCCUACUUUCACCACCGGGCUCUAUUUGAUGAAUAUGAGAAUGAAACAAGCUUAUGCAAGCGGUUCACCGUGUUUGUGACCAAAUAUGAACUCAUGUCCAAGGACAAUCUAAUAGUGCCCAUACUGGAGGGUCAACAGAGCCUACAGACCGAGAGCGAGGCUUGACCAGUGGUCAAACAGUCUGGACAGUGACCAAAGGUCAGCUAGAGUAAACCCUGGGUUUAAUCGAAUACAUAUAGUGAACAGUGGAAGCAUGUCCGGAUGAUGAACAAUGAUCAUUUAGGCCAAGUGAGUGGUCAGUUAAGUCAGGCCGGUGACCAGCGGUCAAACAUGUAUUAUAUUAGAGGAAUAUAUUUAUUUAAACGUCAGUGUUUUGUAGAAUUGUGCUGUGAAUACUUAAGAUGAAUGAUCUAGAUAUAUGUUUCAAGUAAGUUUGAUAAUGGGUUUGCAUAAAGCCAAUGGGAGCUUGGUAUUGCGUCCGCUGAUGAAAUUAUUUGUCACAUUUUAAUUUUGUAGUGACUAACCAAUUAGCAAGUGCCGCUAGAUGUCGAUGCUCAUGACAUAGCCAUCCCAUAUAUGUGUGUCUGUCCAUACCUCUGUAAACCAUUUUUUGUCACUUAUUCAAGUGCUAGAGACACUGGUUUUUAUGCCCCCGGUAGGGUGGCAUAUAGCAGUUGAACUGUCCGUCAGUAUGUCAGUUUGUGUGUAU